UCUGGAGUUGAUCAAAGAACCUGUUUCCACAAGAUGCGAUCACAUAUUUUGCAAAUUUUGUAUGCUGAAACUUCUUGACCAGAAGAGAGGGCCUUCACAGUGUCCACUGUGUAAGAACAAUAUAACCAAAAGAAGCCUACAGGAAAGUACAAGGUUCAGCCAGCUGGUUGAAGAGCUGUUGAAAGUCAUCCACGCUUUCGAGCUCGACUGCAGCGUGCAGGUUACCAACAGUUACAGCUUUUCAAACAAGGAAAGUAAUUCUGCUGAACACGUAAAGGAGGAGGUUUCUAUCAUCCAGAGUAUGGGCUACCGAAACCGUGCCAAACGAGGUCGACAGGGCAAUCCCGAGAGCCCCGCCUGG